CGUCCUCGCCUCGGGGCAACUUCCCGCGGCGUGCGCCCGUCCAGGAUUUUUUUCCUUUUCUCCUUUUUCUCUAUCAGGGCUUGCAGCCGCGCGUGCCGGUUGUUGCCCGGAUGCGGGAGUCUCUUGUGGAGGAGGGCUCGAGCCCUACACCUGCCUCGCUCUGUUCCUGAACCCAAUUCAACACCAACAAUUCCUCUUCUCUCUCUCUCUCUAGUGGUUGUGUUUGUUGCGCUUGUUGCAGCUCAAUUCCCCUUCACCUGAGCUUUCCAACGCUUUGCUGCACAUUCUAUUGCUGCCAGGAAGUAGCGGUGCCGAUUCUGCGUCCAGCUGCAAGUGAAAUAUUUGUGCUCUGGGGCAUUAGUGCAGUGCGUUCGAAUUUAUGGAUCAACGAAUCUGUACAAUAAGUUGAAACUAGGCAAGGAGCAGGGGAUGGAAGUUGCGGUACGGGAAGGGGGAGUUUGAAGAUAGGGACAAUAGAAUUAUGGAGAUUUGGGUGAAAAAUAAACUGCAGGAUACGGGACGAGGGAGAGCAUGUAGGUUUUCAAGUGAUGGUGCUAUGGGGACCAAGAGCAAUUGAGCAUUCCAUUGGACUUGAUAGUUCAGUAGCUAUGGCGUUCGACUUUUCUCUUCUGCGGCUCCUGGAUAUCCCGUCCAUUCAGCUGUUUACAAUGCCGUCUCCCCUUCGCACUGUCAUUUCCGUAACUUCCUUGAGCAGCAGUUACAGAUCUUCGACGACACACCCUCGCUACGUGCACAGAAAUAGAGUUCCGCUGAAUUUUUUGUCUAUAAAAUGUGUUCGUCAGGGAGUAACUGUAGCACAGCUGAAUAGUGGAAACUCUGGCAUCAUGGCAUCGCCCACAAUUGCCCCAGCUAUUGUUCCUUUGGUGGAGCUCCUUGAAAGCACACCAGAGCCUUCGACGAAUUCUGUGGAGGAGCUCCUCUCGAGUCUGCGAGGGUUACAGCUCCCUGAAUGGCGUGGUACUUUUAUAAAGCUGUGCACGUCUAAGUGUUCGGUUACGACUAGAAAACUUCUCACGUUAUUGAUUUCUUCCGCGGUCUGUGACAGUGAAACCAUCGACUUAUUGAGCGCUAUAGCAAUUACCGGAUUAAGUAAAGAGAGCCGUGUUGAAGAAGCGAUGCUUUUGUUUGAUCAGCUUAAGCAGCUGGGCGUCUCUCCCGGUCCUAUGGCGUACAAUGCAAUAGUUGGUACCUGUGCUCGCGAAGAUCGGUUAGAAACAGCUUUGGAGCUAAUGAAUCAGAUGCGUGGAUCCGGGUUUCAGCCAGACAAUGUAAACUAUACUCUUGUGUUUCAGGCUUGCGCGAAGAAACGAGUAGGUGUGGACGUGAUUAGUAGGGUGUGUGCCAACAUAGAGCAGGAGGGUCUCGAAAUGGAUACGAAGCUAUACAAUGAUGUGAUAAAUGCUUAUUGUCGUGCUGGUGACCCGGACAAAGCCUUUCAGUACAUGGGUUUAAUGCAAGCAUGCGAUCUGGUUCCGGAUGUCCGAAGCUACUCUUCUUUGAUUGAAACUCUAGUUGUGGUCAGAAGGUUAGAUGACGCUGAGGCGGCUUAUGCUGAAAUGAAGAGCAAGUCUUACAAGAUUAACCUGAGAACUUUGAAUGCUCUUCUUUCUGCGUAUACGCGAAAAAGCUUACUGGAGCAGGUGGAAAAGCUUAUGCAGGACGCAGAAGACGCGGGAUUGAAAUUGAGUACGUUUAGUUAUGGCUUACUGAUCGAUGCAUAUUCAAGGGCAGGUCGUUUGGAUCAAGCUAAAGCAGCGUUCCAUAACAUGAAAGUUGAGAAUGUGCCAGCGAACGCUUUCAUUUACUCACGACUAAUGGUAGCGUAUCGGAAUGCAAGGCAAUGGGAUGGCACCAUCCGGCUUUUGAAGGACAUGUAUGCGUCCAACAUAAAACCCAACCAAUUUAUCUUCAACAUUCUUAUAGAUACAUACGGGAAGUUUGGGCGAUUGCCCCAAGCAAUGCGCACAUUCGCGCAAAUGGAUAAGGAAGGCUUCAAACCUGAUGUAGUGACAUGGAAUUCGUUGAUAGAAGCUCACUGUCGUGCUGGUUUAAUUACAGAAGCACUUGAUUUGCUCAAGCAAAUGCAGGAACGUGAGUGCGUUCCUUCAUUACAUACGUAUAAUAUUAUUUUAAAUGCACUCGGAUGGCACAACCGUUGGAAGGAGAUGGCUUUACUGCUGGAUGAGAUGCGGUUCAAAGGUCUGGACCCUAAUGUAGUUACAUACACAACUCUAGUGGAUUCAUACGGCACAUCAAAACGGUACAGAGAAGCUUCUGAAUACUUGAAACAAAUGAAGAGUCAAGGUCUACAACCUUCUACAAGUGUGUAUUGUGCUUUAGCUAAUUCUUAUGCCAAGCGGGGCUUAUGUGAGCAAGCAAUGGAGGUUUUUAAGAGUAUGGAGAAAGAUGGGGUGGAACUGAAUCUGUCAAUGCUCAAUCUCCUGAUUAAUGCGUUUGGAGUUGCGGGAAAAUAUGUUGAAGCUUUCUCAGUGUUCGAUUAUAUUUUAGAAGUGGGAAUGAGUCCAGAUGUAGUUACUUAUACUACGCUGAUGAAAGCAUUGAUAAAGGCAGAGCAGCUUGACCAGGUUCCAGAUGUAUAUGAGCAAAUGGUAAGAGCUGGCUGUACACCUGACGAUAUGGCUAAGGAUAUGCUUCGAAGUGCGCAGCGAUUCAAACAACGCGGCCCAAAAAUAACCAAAUCAGAAUUUCCCCUAGCUAAAAAAAAAUUAGAAUCUAGAUAUUCAGAUUGGGUGGACUCCCAUGUAGGAUAUGGAUCCUUUUUCAAUAGUAACUUUCGCUAGUUUAGUUUUUUUGAUUAAUUACAUGCUGUGGAUGUUUGGAACCUGUUGUCCUUCACAGAUGCUGAAAAGUUACCUUUGAACCUCACCCAAGAGGCUGCAAAAUCCUGCAGUUGUGCAGGGUGUGCAGGUUUAACUUGUCUAUAACACUUACUGGUGCACACGCAUUCCAACCAAGAUCAGUUACUUUGA